CGGAGCCGGGAAGUUGGGUGAAGGGCGCUGCUCCCGCCGAGGAGGAGGCGGCGGCUGGGUGCGGGCCGCGCCGCUCAGGUGUCCGCUCCGCCCUCUGGUCUGGAUUUGGUUCUGCGUAUCUGGCGAGAAGGGGCCUCCCACACCUCACCCGAUUGCUUGGCCGCAGCGCGGCGCGGACUUUUACCGGAGGCGGGUCCGUCAGUCCCGGCGGCGGACCGACGGGCCGACACCGGGGGAAGAGGGCGGCGGCCUCGGCGGAGGCGGGUCCCGAACUCCGGAGGCAGCGGCGCGGCUUUGGGGGCGAGCAUGAGCCCCCGGGGGCCGAGAGGGGGCCGCAGGGGCUGACCUGGCAGGGGAACGGCCUGGCCCAGCCAUCUUGACUGCGCACCGCGGCCCGAAAGGAAACUUGCUGCGCCGCCGCCCUCUGUGCCCGGCAAAGUCACCGGCGCCGGCGCCGCGCGGAGAAGUGGCCCGGCGCGCGGGAGAGAAAGCGAACGAGGGACGGACGAUGAGCCGGGGCCAGCCUCGCUGCUCCGCGAGGGCUGAGCUCGACCGGGAGUGAGCAGGGAGACCCUCGGGGACUGGCGUGCACUCCUGCAGCCGCCCGCGUCUCCCCGGAGCGGCGGAAAGGAGGUGCGGACCGCGCCGUGUGGACGCGUCCCGCGAAGGGACUAGGUUACCGGCAGAUCCCGUCCCGUGAGAGGCAGAAGAGAGAGCAGCAGGACACCCGCCCUCCUCUUCUCCGGCCUUCUCGCCGGAUCCCCCGGCGCCCCUCCGCGCGCCGCCUGGAGGGCGAGGGCUCAGGGCUGAGGCGCGCAGCAUGGAGUGGGGUUACCUGUUGGAAGUGACCUCGUUGCUGGCCGCCUUGGCGCUGCUGCAGCGCUCGAGCGGCGCGGCGGCCGCCUCGGCCAAGGAGCUGGCGUGCCAGGAGAUCACCGUGCCACUGUGCAAGGGCAUCGGCUACAACUAUACCUACAUGCCCAACCAGUUCAACCACGACACGCAGGACGAGGCGGGCCUGGAGGUGCACCAGUUCUGGCCGCUGGUGGAGAUCCAGUGCUCGCCCGACCUCAAGUUCUUCUUGUGCAGCAUGUACACGCCCAUCUGCCUGGAGGACUACAAGAAGCCCCUGCCUCCCUGUCGCUCCGUGUGCGAGCGCGCCAAGGCCGGCUGCGCGCCCCUCAUGCGCCAGUACGGCUUCGCCUGGCCCGACCGCAUGCGCUGCGACCGGCUACCCGAGCAGGGCAACCCCGACACGCUGUGCAUGGACUACAACCGCACCGACCUCACCACGGCCGCGCCCAGCCCACCGCGCCGCCUGCCGCCGCCACCUCCCGGCGGCGCGGGCGGGCGCGGGGAGUAUGAGGAGCUGGGCGCCGUGGAGCAGCACGUGCGCUACGAGACCACCGGCCCGGCGCUGUGCACAGUGGUCUUCCUGCUCGUCUACUUCUUCGGCAUGGCCAGCUCCAUCUGGUGGGUGAUCCUGUCGCUCACGUGGUUCCUGGCGGCGGGCAUGAAGUGGGGCAACGAGGCCAUUGCGGGCUACUCUCAGUACUUCCACCUGGCCGCGUGGCUCGUGCCCAGCGUCAAGUCGAUCGCCGUGCUGGCGCUCAGCUCCGUGGACGGCGACCCGGUGGCCGGCAUCUGCUACGUGGGCAACCAGAGCCUCGACAACCUGCGCGGCUUCGUGCUGGCGCCGCUCGUCAUCUACCUCUUCAUCGGCACCAUGUUCCUGCUGGCCGGCUUCGUGUCGCUCUUCCGCAUCCGCUCGGUCAUCAAGCAGCAGGGCGGCCCCACCAAAACGCACAAGCUGGAGAAGCUCAUGAUCCGCCUGGGUCUGUUCACCGUGCUCUACACUGUGCCCGCCGCCGUCGUGGUCGCCUGCCUCUUCUACGAGCAGCACAACCGCCCGCGCUGGGAGGCCACGCACAACUGCCCGUGCCUGCGGGACCUGCAGCCGGACCAGGCGCGCCGGCCCGACUACGCCGUCUUCAUGCUCAAGUACUUCAUGUGCCUCGUCGUGGGCAUCACCUCGGGCGUGUGGGUCUGGUCGGGCAAGACGCUCGAGUCGUGGCGCGCCCUGUGCACCCGCUGCUGCUGGGCCAGCAAGGGCGCCGCGGGGGGCGGGAGCGCGGGCGACGUCAGCACGGGUCUGACGUGGCGCUCUGGCACGGCCAGCUCCGUGUCCUAUCCAAAGCAGAUGCCGUUGUCCCAGGUCUGAACGGAGGGGAGGGGGCACCGGGGAGGAACGGGGAGGGGGCGAGGAGACCAAGUGCUGCGAAGGGACACUCGACGGGCUGAGGUUCCCACCCCUUCACCGUGUUGAUUGCUAUUAGCAUGAUAAUGAACUCUUAAUGGUAUCCAUUAGCUGGGACUUAAAUGACUCGCUUAGAACAAAGUACCUGGCAUUGAAGGCUCCCAGCCCAGCCCUCUCUCCUCCAUUGAUUUGCGAGGAGCUCCUCCCGCCAGGCGUUAAUUUCUGCUGGCAGAGGAGGGUGGACUCUGCUGCGUCUCCGGAGCCCAAGGUUUGGAGCCCUUGCUGGUUGCCGCUUGCUGAGCUUGAAGCCAGACCUACAGAUUUCCCCUGAGGAAGCUGUCUUUCUCCCCGCACUCUCCUGCGCGAGCUCUUACUCCUAACAUACCCUAGACGAGGGAGGACCGCGACCUAACCGGAUUGCACGGUUUGGGUAUUCUUAAUGACCAGGCACAUGCCUUAAAUAAACAAGAAAUGUCUUAAUUAUACACCCCAAGUAAAUACGGGUUUCUUACAUUAGAGGAUGUAUUUAUAUAAUUAUUUGUCAAAUUGUAAAAAUGUGUAAAAUAUGUACAUAUCCAAAGAUAUACAGUCUGUACAUUUUUUGUAAAAAGUUUAGAGUCCACCCCUGUAAGAACAAAUAUAAGUAUUCUAUUUUGUCAAUAAAAUGACUUUUGAUAAAUGAUUU